AUGACCAGGCCGCUGAUCGUAGGACCUGAUCAGGUUGGAACCCCAUUCCCAGUGGUGGUAGAAACGACAGUCGAGGCGGGAUUUGGGCGUGGUUCUGCUGAGCUGGGGUGUCCGACGGCAAAUAUCCCGCCGGGUCUCCUAGCAAAGCUGGAUACCGGCGUCUACUACGGCUGGGCAGUGGUUGACCAGGCAAGAGAGCCUGCGACGGUUCCCGAGUGGGUCGAACAGGCCAAGCAGCGGGAACGCAAGAUCGACGUCAACUACGGAUCAAAGCUGGGCCCUCUGGCCGGCACCUGCUUCCCAAUGGUCAUGUCGAUUGGCUGGAACCCGUUCUAUGACAAUAAACAGAAGAGUGCCGAAGUCCAUAUCAUCCACCAGUUCCCCGACUCCUUCUACGGAGCCGCCAUUAAAAUUGUGGUUUUGGGAUUCAUUCGCAACGAGCAGUCUUACGACUCUGUCGACGCGCUCAUCGAGGACAUUCAAACCGACAUUAAGGUGGCCCUGCACAGCCUGGAUCGGCCGGCUUACGCUGAGGCCCAAAACCUUAUCUCCUGA